AUGAAGGCUCGACUGUUAAAUACCGUUGAACACACCAUACCAUGGCUCAGUCGUGGUACCCGGUCGCCAUUAUCGCAAAUUGGGGCUUGUCCUCAGUUGUCGACUGCCUCCUCCUCAUACGCACCCCUUAAUUCAACACGAGACUCUGCUGUCCGUCGCCAGAGAGAAACCGAUGCUCUCAAACCAAGCCAGMAAGCCACUAUCGAGUCCUCAAAGAGCGAUUCCUCAGUUGCUGGCAUCAUUCGUCUGAUGGCCGCCAAGAAACCUACGGUUGGUCAGAAGGCUGGUACCUACGCAGAUGGGUUGAGGGUACGACAGGAGGAAUCAUAUCAGGCAUACAACAAUCGUGCGCCUCCAUAUAAUCUUCACGUUUAUGCCCACAAACACAACACGAUAAUCACACUUACAAGACCGAACGGGAAUCCUAUUAUGUCGCUCGGCUGUGGUAAUAUCGGAUUCCGCAAAUCUCAUCGCUCGGGCUACGAUCCAGCCUAUCAACUUUCCUCGCACGUCUUCGCACAAAUCCAGGAACGGGGCUUGUUACAUGAGAUCAAGGGAAUCACACUCGUGUUCAAAGGCUUUGGCAUGGGCCGCGAAGCUUUCAUCAAGGUGCUGCUCGGAAACGAAGGACGAAACGUUCGGCCGUUAGUCACGCGUGUCACGGACAAUACCACGAUCAAAUUUGGUGUUCCCACGACAGAGUCCUUAUUCGGAUCGCGAGACAGAGACUCUAACGCACUAUACUCUGAUCUCGUCUCCUCCGAAGAGUUUCUUGGAAGCCAUGUCCUACGAAUACCGAACCCGCCUGGUCCAUCGCAUAAAUCAGACGCUCCCAACGCUCGAGAUACGCGGGCCAAGGCUAAGCAAGUAACGACUGUCAACGGCCGUACGGUAAUAGUCAAGGAGAACUCGGUCUAUAGCAAUAAAGGAUUCAAAUCACUUUGUCAGGCGCAAAUCAUAUCGGACGUCCUCUAUCACACGCCAAAUCAUAGCUCACAACCAUGGCUGAUAUAUUACAUAUCUAAGCCGCUGAUCGGCACCUACGAUCCUGGAAAAAUAGUCCCGGCCGUACCUUCGAGAAACAUUCAAGGAAACGACGGUGAACCCCCCAAUCGAAAUGCCGGAGAUACAUCGAGUGUGCAGAAACGGGAUAUCAAGUCAUUUGCAGAGCUCCUGGCGCACUUUCCGAUGAUCGCGAGACAAAUGCAGCCGGGCCUUGACAGAUUAUUUCGCGAAUUUGGCAAAGAGCUGGGGAAGCCUUUACCACCACCUCCGUCGCAAUCGCCGUCUUCUCCAUCCAAAUCCGAACAGUGGGACCCUGAAGGGACCGACCAUUCGCAAGCAGAUCGACUGCCGUUCAACUCCGACGAAUACUUCGCCGAUGAUGAAGAUCUAAUGCGCCGUAGUUUGGAAACAGCUGUCACAGCUGCAAUUGACCUUUUCCGACUAGUGGACAAGCAGCAGCUCUCGCUUCUUGGAGCUACCACCGACUUAACCGGCCCUUUGGUGGAGCGACUAAUCGAGAAAUAUAUCGCGCAACAGGUUCACGAGACGCUGUUGUUCCCUCGACUUUGCAGUUUUCGUCGAACUGAGGAUGUCGAACUCGACACAAGGAUCCGACAAAUUGAGCACAUCGAUGUUUCUCAGGUCGGUAUCGCUAUAGAAGGAGGUCUCGCCGGCAAAAAGGAACUAAUGAACCGGCUGAGUAGAGGUGUAGAAGCAUUUCGAAAAAUGAAUGAUGCGACCUGUCCUCAGGAUAUGCUUGACGUGCUGUUGGCAACUAUCAAGGCCGUCACAGUAGCGGAUGAAUCGGAUCGAUCGCUGGACUCAUCGGAGAAGCAACCGCCUGUUUUUACAGUGAACGCAGACAUUCUGGUAUCCAUGCUCCUCGUUGUGGUGAUCAGGUCUCAAGUUCGUCGACUUCAAGCUCGACUUCUCUAUAUGCAACAUUUCAUUUUCGUUGAUGAUGUUGAAAGUGGAGAGAUGGGCUACGCUUUAAGUACUUUGGAGGCUGUGUUGACCUACUUGGUUAGCGAUUACGCUCCACUUCGCAAGGCCAGCGCGCGCAACAAGCGACUUUGGCAGGCUACAAAGACUGGCAACACGAGAGAUAUCAGAUCGAUUCUAGAGCCAAAUGAGGAUGAGAAUAAUGAUGAUUUUUCUGCAUACGAUAAUAUAGACCCUGACCCCGACGCAUUGAACAAAAAAGCAAUCAGAACGCCACCGCUCGAACAACAAUCUAUCAGAUUUGCACUCGCUAAUGGAAACUCGCCUGAACCGCAUGCAGACACUGAGGUGGAAGACUCGCCGUUGGAGCCUCCGCCUCUAGCUCAUGUGUUUCCAUUCCAAACUUGGGCGCAUUCAAGCUCAAAUAACACUGAUAAAAGACCUCGAAAAAGGGUCUCCAUGGACGUCAGCAGUAUAUCAGGCUCAUCUAUGAUCUCUUUACUAUCCAGAACAACAACUAAUGCGUCGACAUUCAGCGGCAUUGAAGGCGAUACCUCAAUUGAAACGCUGAGCCAUACGCACGAUCCUGCUGGCGAUUCAGUGCCAAUGAUGGCAGUUGAAAGCCAUCAACCUGGAGCUCUGAAAUAUCUGCUUAGUCUGCAAGAAUACUAUUCGAUCGAUGUCAUUCUUGAGGAUACGAAUCGUGACGGCACCACACUGCUUAGUGCAGCUGUUCAACAUGCGAAUAGGAAGGUGGUCGACAUCAUCACAGAAUUUCUAUUAACUGAAGCAGAUAUCCAUACAAUCAGCAGUUAUCUAGAAAAAGAAGAUAUUCGAGGACGGACAGUUGCACACUACCUGUUCAGUGCUCCUUAUCUGAUAUCUUCGCUAGGAAGUCUUUUACCUUGGCAGAAAAAGGAUAAGCAUGGGCAGACGCCUCUUUUCGCAAUAUGCAGGUCAUAUGAUCAUAUUAAUUAUCAAGCCAUGGUCAAUGAGGCCCUGACAGUGGCACAAAGAGCUCAGGAUGAUGGACAACCUCUGAGGAUAGGUGACCACGUUGACUUGAAAGGCAACACUCUUUUGCAUAUUGUUAGCGAUCCUGAGAUUAUAACACGAAUCCUAGCUGAGUGUGAUUGCGAUCCGAAUGCUACGAACGACAGGAAAUUUACUCCGUUGAUGGUGGCAAGCAAAUAUGGUCGAGUUGAUUUGAUGCGAAGACUCUUUGCUGAUCCUCGAGUUGAUACACACAUCACAGAGAGCAGAGGUCUAACAGCUGUUGAACUUGCAAAAGAUGAUGAAGUACGAAACAGGAUUGACGACAUGAUCUUGUUCUUAAAUCCUCCUAUGAGUUCUGGAGAUAUCACUGGCCGAAUCACUACAGUUGUGCGUUCUCUUUUUGUUGAAGACGCUACUGUGAGAUUUAUUUUGAAAUCAGGUGCCCAGGCAUUUUCUGACACGACAUCAAUUAACGGCACGACUUACACUAUUACCACUUGUCGGCGGUCUUUUGCCGACUUUGAACACCUGGCUAGAUGUCUUGCAGUCGAGCAUCCGGCGUCUUAUAUUCCGAGCAUAACUGAGUCCCGAAGUCCUUUCCAAAUCCAUUCAAAGCCAUCUCGCGCCAUUCUCCAUGAUAUGCAAGGUCGUCUUGAUCAGUUUCUAAGAAUUCUUUUAACACACCCGACAUUUGCUACUCAUGAAAUGCUCUGGGAAUUCUUCCUCAUGCCAGAAUUGCAACCUGAUAUGAUGAUUGAUAGAUCGCAGCGCAAAGCCUCGGUGCUUUAUGAAAGCAUCUACGAUGACUAUCCGCCCAUAACUACAGAUGGUAUUAAGGAUACGGAACAAUUCGUAGCUCAUGCCCAGGAAGUUGUACGUGCCGUCCAUGCCAAUACACGGAGCGUCAUACGGCGGGGACACUCGGCACAACAUGCAGCAUUUGACUUUGGGGAUGCGGCCAGUCUUUGUGCAUCAGUUCUGUCAACAUUCAAGCCACCAUCUAACGCAAUCCCCGUCUCACACAUUGAUGCUUUUUCUCAAUACGCCGCUGCUAUGAGCACAUCUUCUUCAGACUCAUCUCCUCUCCUUCAAUUCCUCAUAGCCAUCACAUCUAUACAAAGCACAACCACGGCAGUGCUGAGUGCACUUUCCCGCCCAGGAAGACUAAUCUACACACUUUCAUCUACGAAUCGCAAUUUGUCACGAUCACGCUCGUCUUUAGCAUCCUCAUCGCUACCAAGGAAGUUUAAUCUCAACCUUUCCGUUCUUGAGGAAUCGAGACAAAAGAACUUACGAGAGCUCGAGCAGAAAAUAAAUGAAUCGGAAGCUCAGGCAUCGCGAUUAUCACGCGAGAUAUCGUGGAAUAAGGAUGUGGUGGUUAGUGAGCUCGCUGGCUGGACCUCCUGGAGAGAAAAGGUCGGGCGAGACGCUAUUCGAGCAUUUGUCAGGGCUACCGUCGUGCAAGAGAAAGAACGAGGGCACCGACUGGAACGCUGUCUACGGAAUAUCAAGGACUUGCCCCUAUUGCCAGGUUCGACAAAAUGA